CAAAGAAAGGUCUUUCUUUUACUAAUUUCACUUUGUACUUCUCUAUCUACCUUUUUCUCUGUGGAAAAAAAAAACAAUUGCCUGAAUACGGGAUUUCAAAAGGAAUAAUUCUAGCUUGAGAGCUUUCUUAAAAGCUUUGUGGAUUUCUAUUUUCGUCCCAGCAAAUCUGAAUUGAUCGGUAAUGUAAUUUAUUUGACCUUUGUUUUGAGAGGGGAGGAAGGAAAAUAAGGAUAAAAAAUACAGGGAAGAAAGCUCUUUAAAUUGGAGGAAAAUAAAAAAAAAUUAUUGCAAUAAGGAAUAAUUCAGUAUAUUUGAUGCAUAAUUGUGAAAGAGCAAUUAUGAGAGGAAGGAAGAUGUGCUUUUAUUCAUCUGCGAAGAAUGAUGUCGCUCAUGUUCUCGCCUCAAGUCAGGUCAAGGAGGUUUGGAUUCGGCUCUCUAAUCGCUUUCAGUUAAUAAUAUUUUUUUCAUUUUCAAAAAAAGAAAAAAAUGAUAAUAAUAAUAUAUAUACACGACCCGCUCACCUUAUCAUGCAAGCGGUCGGCGCAAGUUAGCACUAGAGCCAAUGGCGGGAAAAUGUUGAGGACAAAACGGAAAAGACAAUAGUGGACAGUUUUUGGUCCUUAAUUCCCCAAAUUUCCUACAGCGCUAUAGAGCGGCGGUGAUUGCAAUAGAGUUGCGUAAUUUUGUUGCAGCGGUGGUGCUGUAUGGAGAAAUACUUGGUACCUCUAAACCCCUCACCGGUAACCCAUAAACGCCUUCCGAGCCAUGGAUGGAAGAGGAGCCUAAUUGAAUUGAAUGGGAGGUUUGAGCCCAAGUACCGUCACCAUCUUUCUGCUUUGCUUAUGCAAUCCUACUCUGAGAUCGGAGCAUUUUCCCAUUUUUAUCAUGUGAAUGGAGUUCCAUGUCAAACUCAUCUAAAUCGAAUUGAUAGUGUCGCAAAUAUGGAUUCCCCAGUUCCAAUUACAAGGCAAGGCAUCUCUGCCCUUGAAUUUGACACCAAGGGAGUUUACUUAGUAUCUGUGACAAAAUCGGGAUGCUUAACAGUACAUGACUUUGAGUCUCUUUAUUGCCAUACUAAUGCCUUGUUGCAAUGCUUAAAAGAAGAUGAAAGCAAACAUGUGUUGCACCUUUCUUUAAACCGACAACUUGAUGUUGUUCGUUGGAAUCUUUCUAACCAAGAUGAGGUUGCCUGCACAUCUAUGAAAAAAAAUGAAGUACUCAUUUUUGACAUUGGUUAUAUCUCAUCAGAACCAGUUGAAGUUUUAAGAACUAGGCGUACUGUCACUGUUCAUGGGUCUGAAGUUCAUAAAGGUCUAACUGAUAUAGCUUUUACUACGGUUGACAAAUCAAGGCUAAUUGCUUCUGAUACAAAUGGUGUUAUUAAUCUAUGGGAUAGAAGAAUGGGUGUUCUUCCAAGUAUUGAGCUUACAACUAAUUGUCGUAGCACCAUCAACAGCAUUCAAUUAAAUGUGGAAAAUCAGCUGGUUUUUGGGGCUGGCAGGCAUGGAAUAAUUUAUAUGUGGGACCUCCGUGGUGGAAGGGCAUCUGCUGCCUUUCAAAGUCAUAAAGAGGUUUGCCAUCCACCCGUAACAUAUUGGAAGCUCGCAUCAAUGUUAGAGAAAAUUGGGACUUUAAAGGCACAAUCGGCUAUUGUCCCCAAGGAAGUGCACUCCAUUGAUUUUGAUCCAUCUUGUCCAUAUCAGUUGGCAUUUCACCUCGAUGAUGGUUGGUCAGGUGUUCUUGAUAUUUAUAAUUUUCAAGUUACACAUGUUCAUUGCCCUCCUCCGGCUUGGUUGAAUGAUUCCAACAUUUCAGCUGAUCUGUUAUACUUGAGAAAGCCAUCAUGGCUACCAACAUAUUCUGUGUAUGUGGUUGGGUCAUCAUCUGCCAAUGGCAUUCAUCUUUUAGAUUUCUACCCUGAUCCUAGCUCUCCCUGCCAUGUGGACUACAGUGAGGAGGAUGUAGAGAGGCAUUCAGGGUUGGGCAAUCAAAAGCAAAAUAAGUUUGUUCCAUUGUCUGAAGCGGUUACUGCAUGUGCUACACAUCCCAUUAAUGGUACCAUCAUAGCUGGAACUAAGCAUUCCUCUUUGACGGUUGUAUCCCAACGAAAGCAGUCGAUUUCUGGAGGUAGCCACUUCAUACAAAAAUGAAGAUUCAAUUAUUCAAAUGGUCUCGGAUGGAAGAUGCACUAAAUGUUCAAUGCACUAUUUGUAUCACAGUAGCUUUGGAGGCGGAACCCUCAUCAACUUACGCAAUCUUUUCAGUUCGAAGUGGUCCUCUCACUUGUAUUAUACAUGCUUAAUGAACGGAUGAUAUGAGAUGACUAGUUAUUUUAUGUACCGAGACAUCGAGGGAGGCUGUUCUCUUUUAUUUAUUUUUUCAAUUAUGUGAAUAGAAUGGUUAGCCAAAUGAGUUCUCUUGUACAUGUGAAUAAUCGAUACGGGAAACAAUGAUUCAUAUUUCAGACAAUAACACAGUAUAAUCAACAAUGAUUCAUAUUUCAGUUC